CACAUUCUAUUUUCUUCUCUACUUCACAGAAACCAAAAAACAAGAGAAACAAUUUCUCACAAUGGAUCCUAUGCUACUUUAUUUUGGAAUGGUAUCUGCAACUACAGCUUAUUUUAUGUGGUUUUGGCUAUUAGCACAGAGGCUAAAUGGUCCUAAAGUGUGGCCAUUAGUUGGUAGUUUACCUUAUACUUUCUUGAACAGAAGGAGAUUUCAUGACUGGAUUUCUCAAAACCUAAGGUCCACUGGUGGAGCUGCAACAUAUCAAACAUGCACUAUAUGCAUACCAUUUCUUGCUUGGAAACAAGGAUUUUAUACCGUUACAUGUCACCCGAAAAACAUUGAACAUAUCCUUCGAACCAGGUUUGAUAACUACCCCAAAGGACCAAAUUGGCAAAAUGCAUUCGAUGACCUUUUAGGUCAAGGUAUAUUCAACAGUGAUGGUGACACGUGGCUCAUGCAAAGAAAAACUGCAGCUCUUGAGUUCACAACCCGGACACUUAGACAAGCCAUGAACCGGUGGGUGAACCGGACUAUCCGAACUCGUUUGUGGGUAAUUUUGGAUAAAGCCGCUAAGGAAAAAAAACCGAUCGAGUUACAAGAUUUAUUACUUCGUUUAACAUUUGAUAAUAUUUGUGGACUUACUUUUGGUAAAGACCCUGAAACUCUUUCACCCAAAAUGCCUGAAAAUCCAUUUGCUAUAGCUUUCGAUUCAGCUACUGAAGCCACUUUGCAAAGACUUUUGUACCCUAAUUUUCUUUGGAGGUUGAAAAAAAUUCUAGGCAUUGGAGCUGAAAAAAGGUUACAAAAAAGUCUCAAAGUUGUUGAAAAUUACAUAUCAGAGGCCUUGGAUUCACGUAAAGAAAGUCCAUCAGAUGAUUUAUUGUCACGUUUUAUGAAGAAAAAGGACAUAAAUGGUAAUUCAUUCCCAAGUGAUGUACUAAAACGCAUCGCUUUGAACUUUGUCCUAGCUGGACGUGACACGUCAUCCGUCGCCUUAAGUUGGUUUUUCUGGAAUGUCAUGAACAACUGCCACGUGGAAAAUAAGAUAAUUGAAGAAAUAUCUAGCGUUCUAAAGGAAAGCCGAGGGGAAGAUCAUGAAAAAUGGAUUGAAGAGCCACUGAAUUUCGACGAAGCUGAUAAAUUAAUUUAUCUCAAAGCGGCUUUGGCUGAAACUUUACGCUUGUACCCUUCGGUCCCUGAAGAUUUCAAAUAUGUCAUUUCUGACGAUGUUUUGCCAGAUGGCACAUGGGUCCCAGCUGGCUCUACGGUAACAUAUUCGAUAUACUCCGUGGGGAGAAUGAAAACGGUUUGGGGUGAAGAUUGCAUGGAGUUUAAACCGGAAAGAUGGCUGUCGACCGGUGGAGACCGGUUCGAACCGCCAAAAGAUGGAUAUAAAUUUGUGGCAUUUAAUGGUGGACCUAGAACUUGCUUAGGCAAAGACUUGGCUUACCUUCAAAUGAAAUCUGUGGCUGCUGCAAUAUUGCUCCGUUACCGGCUUUUACCGGUUCCCGGUCAUAAAGUUGAACAGAAAAUGUCAUUAACUUUGUUCAUGAAAAAUGGACUAAAAGUUUACAUGCAUCCGCGUGAACUUGGACCUGCAGCAACGAAAAUUGCUAUGUCUGCUUGAAGAAAGGGCAAAAUGGGAAUUUGAAUAUUUAUAUAUGUGCAUGGUCUGAUGACAAUAUUGGUCAUUUAAUUAUAAUUGUAUUUGCUUUGUUGUAAUUUUUCUUGUGUUUGUUAAUUUGUAUGGUUACUUGAGUUUAAGAACAAUUUGUUUAUGUAUUACUUGAAUCGGAGAGAUACUAUUAUACAUUGCUGAACUUCGUAUACUGUAUAUGUUUGUUCAUGUUCUGAUAAAUUUUAAAAGUUUUUUUGCUUCUU